AGGUGCCAGUUCCUCUUACUCGACUGGUAAGUCCACCAAGCACAUGCCUCCUCCUCCUCUGCGCGUCGACACUCAGGCCAAGGCAGGCAGCAGCAAGCAGGUCGCUGCUCCCGCAGCUGCAGCUUUCAGCAGCCCUUCUCAGUCUUCGUCGAGCCACCCCUCCCACGCAGGCCCGUCUUCCUCCUCGCCCCGAUCCUCAUUGUCUCCAGUAACGCCCGUAAAGAGGCAGAGGCAGUUUUCAUCAUCCGCCUCAAUGUCCACGUCUCCACCCACCACGGACACGAGCCUGACUACUGCCGCCACCUCGACAUCGGCGCACGCGUCCAUGCAUGCGCACAACAAAGUACGCGGCCACGACGUUCCGCCUCCUAGGCUUGAUACCUUCACCUGGCGCGCCAGUGACGGUGAGGCUGCGGGAGAGACGUUCCGCACGCUGGCUCCUGCUAUGCGGCCCUACCCCAUGGGAUCUGCAGAUGCGCUCAGCAAGACAGUGGACACGCAAGCCCUCUGGCAGCAGCAGCUGAUGGAGCAAAUCUGCUUUGCAUGGAUGUUCAUCCGCCUCGUGCGUGCCAGGCUUGGCUGGGAGCAUGAGGGCAAGAGGGGGGAGAAGAGGCGAAAUGAGGAGUCGGAGAGAAAGGUCAAAAUAGCAAGGGAGGGGCGGGGAAAGGAGCCGCAAGGAUUGAAGAAGGGAUUUCUGGUCAACAAGAGUGGGGUCAAGACGAAGGCUAAGUGAUUUGUGACAGGAGACCGCAACGAAAGGCUGGCGCGAGCAAGCAGCAGACGCGCACAC